AUGCAGCGAGACUUCGAGAAAAAGCGACCGAUUGCGAAUUCGGUGACACACACGACGACAGGAUCUUGGAGCAUUCCGACAAUUGAGAACAAGACAUUAAUACACAAAUCCAUCAACAAAGGCUGGGAUUUAACGCAAUUCCUCAUCGAAGCAGCCCAAAUGGAAAAUAUAAAACGACAAGUUUCCGAUAUAACAUCCCCGGAAGUGGAAGUGAAAGCUAGAGUUAAUCGAGAGGCACAGACGCCCAAACCGAGACAGAGGGACAUUGCCAGAAAUGGAGGACAUCAAGCGGUCAGGCGUGCGGGAUCAUGUUUUCUUGAUAAUUCAGUGCACUAUACAGAUCAGUGGUUCAGUUUGGCAAAUACAAAAUGGCUGUUUAUUUUUAGUGAUUUUUACUAG